UUCUAAAUCAAAGUGGCUUAACUCAAAAGAUAUCUCUCUAUAAAUGUUUCUCAUCUUUACUUUCACUAUCUUUAGUUUCAAGAUCAAGUGAGCAUUACCCUCAAACAACGAUUCGAGUUUCAAGAACGAGUUUAUUUUUUAUUCCUUAGACGACAUGAUAUGACUGUCAAUCGGGUGGAGAGAAGCACGUGACUAACUGUGGCUGCACGCCAACGAAUGAAAUCCCUUCCUUCGUGAUGAGGAUAAAAUUGUUGGAUCAGAAUAUUUACCACCCUUAGCGCGCUUUAGUAUUCCCAUUUUUUUUACAUUAUAUUUUUCUGCACCAUCGAAGUUCAUUGUAUUUCGUAUUUAACGAAUGAAAAGAUGCUUAUUUUACAUACUGGUGAUAGUAUUUCGUGGCAUUUCAGAAUUCUAAAUUUAUCGUUUGCAUUAUUAGAACGAUGGAUUUAAAUUUGUUAGUUUAUGGAAUAUUCAAACUAAAGCAAGAUAAUGAAACUUGCAAGUACUACAAGGAAGACAUGCGGAAUUCUUCAAUUAAAAUACUUUACUUGGAUAAUAACGAAUUAUCGUAAAUGAAAAUUUAAUUAUUUCUUAAAAAUGGCGGAGCCAGCACGCAAUGUAACUUAUUACUUAAAUGAGUCAGAUCCUCAUUUAGUUCAUCUGUCAACUCCCAUUUUUUCAAGUGAAGAUAUUUCUGACAAUAUUUCUGGCUACGUAUUUGAUUUGGGACCAAAACGUGACUCAUUAUCGUCAGUUAUUCCCAUAACUAUAAUAUAUACCGUCAUACUGGUAACAGGUCUUAUAGGGAAUAUCUGUACUUGUGUUGUUAUCAUUCGAAACAAACAUAUGCGUACUGUAACGAAUUAUUACCUAUUCAGUUUAGCAAUUUCUGAUUUGUUAUUGCUUGUUGUUGGCUUACCACAGGAACUUUAUUUAUUAUGGAACAAAUAUCCUUACGUGUUUGGUGAAGUGUUCUGCAUUAUUCGUGGAUUCGCAUCAGAAAUGUCUACAAAUGCAUCAAUUUUAACCAUUACAUCUUUCACAAUGGAGAGGUAUUGUGCCAUAUGUCACCCUUUAAGAACACAUACCAUGUCAAAAUUAUCCCGUGCUGUGAUAGUUAUUAUCUGUGUAUGGAUUAUUGGUGGAUUCUCGGCCAUUCAUGUGGCCAUUCAAUUUGGCGUAGUCUUUCAGCAAUAUAACGGUGAAGAAAUUUUAGAAACGGCUGAAUGCACGUUGAAGAAUCCUUUAGAACACGCGUUCGUGUCUUCGACUCUUGUGUUCUUUAUAAUACCGAUGGCUAUAAUUUCAGUUUUCUACAUUCUGAUCGGAAUUCAACUAAGAGCAUCUGACGAAGUAAGCCGGAACAGUAUUCGAUGUGAUGAACAAACGGAAAAUUUGAAUGGAAACGGAAAACAAUUUUCUUUGAAAAGAGUUCAUUUAGCGAGAUUGUUGAAAAGACAUUCUACAAGGAGUAUUCGAGGUGCUGGAGCGAGUUCUCGAAAAGCAGUCAUUAAAAUGCUAUUUGCAGUAGUGGUAGCCUUCUUCCUGUGUUGGGCUCCAUUCCAUGCUCAGAGACUAAUGGCCAUCUACGUUGUUGACCAAACACCAACUGUUAUAACCAUUUACACAGUUCUUACCCACAUAUCAGGAGUCACCUAUUACGUCAGUGCGACCAUCAAUCCUAUAUUGUACAGUAUCAUGUCCAAGAAAUUUCGCCACGCUUUUAAAAACACUCUUGCUCAUUGCUGCAGAAGGAAUUCAAUGUAUAACAUGUCCUCUUCUCUAGGUUAUCCAUCCAAUGUCUACAGAUCGAAUCACGGUACUCUGUCCAAUAACAAUUCGUUGCGAAAGAACAAACCACCAGUAAAGACAUUCCCUUUGUUUAAAAAUAAUGACUGGAAAAGUUUAGCAGACAGCAAUGGAGUACCAAAUAAUAACGAAAUUAAUAUUCUUACAAGUGAGCAGUAAAUGGACUUGUUUUUAAAUAAAUGUGAUAUAUGUAUUGUAUUUAAAUAAAUUGUAUUAAACAAUUUCUA